AUGACACAAACAUUGACAGAAGACGACAUAUAUCGCACUUCCACCCAAUUCCGGCUAUGGUCCUUCUCGCCGGAGAGUCUGGCAGCACUACGGAAGCAAACACAUGAUCUCGCCAUUACACGCGCACGACAAUAUGCCGUCGAUGCAGAUAUACGAGAUGGCAAGAAAGAUGUGGACUGCCUGAGGCGGGAUGAGGAGCUUCGGCUGGUCCAACGAUACUGCGAGCAAAUCCGAACAACAAGCGACCAUUUCAAAUGGCCGGUCCACGUCAAGGCCACAGCAGUCCAAUACCUCCGCCGCUUCUACCUCUCCAACUCCGUGCAUACAUACCCACCAAAGGAAAUCUACAAAACUGUCCUCUUCCUCGCAUGCAAGACGGAGGCUACACACAUGACACUGUCAGAGUAUGCCAGACGCAUCAGCACUGACCCCGACGUGAUACUGGCGCCGGAGUACAAGAUCAUGCAGGCUUUGAGGUUCACGCUGGAUGUGCGGCAGCCGUAUCGAGGCUUGAAGGGUGUGCUGAUGGAGAUGCUGAACAUGGCUAAUGGGAUGGUGGGUGAAGUUGAGGGAGUGGAUACGAAGGGAGCGAGGGAGUUGCAGCAGGAUAUGCUGACGCUGGAACACCCGGGAACGCAGGCCACAACACCAUGGAAAGCACCUGGAUCUCGCAAAAUUGAUGGGAAGACUCUCGUGGAACGAAUCAACGCCGCAUAUUCCGCCGCCAGGACUCUCCUCGAUGGCCCAGCACUACUAACAGACGUCCACUUCCUCUACACACCAUCCCAGAUCCUUCUGGCAGCUCUACACCUCGCAGACGAGCCCUUGGCAUCUCUCUAUCUCAUGACCAAGCUCCCGCUAAAAUCAGACGCCCGGCCCAAAAUCCUAGCCACAAUCGCCGCCUGCGCCGACAUAAUCGGCAACUUCUCCACCAAGCAGAUUCUUUCAAAAGCGGAGCGAGCAGAUCUGGAGACGAGAUUGGAGCGGUGCCGAGACCCUUCAACCAAGGAUCUGGUCAAGACUCAUGCGGCUGCUAAGCGAGGAAGUGAGAGCGAUGAGGAGGUGAAGGUCCAGAAGCGGAAGGCGGCGAGGGAGAAGCAUCAGAAGGAGGGGGAUGAUUUGUUUGGGCCUAAUCUGGGUGGUGGGAGGGGGUGA